CGUGCAGCUGUAGGUUGUGCGCGUCUCUCCAUUUUCCCUCCAUAAACAUAAACCGACUUGCUGUGUUUUUUUUCCGCACCAACCCACCACCUGCAGCCCUGCGGCAAUAAAUAACCGCCGCGGUCGACGCCGAGCCCAUCCACCUGUUUGCGCCGCCGUGCCGCGGGGAUGACGCUCUUCUUGCUGAGACGAUGCUGAGCUGAUCCGCGGUGAUCUUGUGGAGACGCGUCCAAUCAGCGGCGGGUGGUGGAAGCCCCGGAGGAGAGAGGAGCGCUCCGAAAGGAUCUGGACGACGUGUGCGCGCACUGCCAGGAGGAGGUGAUGCCCGCGUCUUCUCACCUGGACCCUGGGCUGGUGCUCCCGCUGCUGCUGCUGGGUGGCUGGGUGGUCGGCGGAACUGUGCCAGCUGCCCCGGUGAACGUGUCGGUGACCCAAUUAAGAGCCCACUCAGCCAUGGUGACCUGGAAUGUCCCUCAAGGAGACACAGUCAUUGGCUAUGCCAUCUCGCAGCAGAGACAGGACGGCCUGAUGCAGCGCUCCAUCCGGGAGGUGAACACGUCAAGCCACUGGUGUGUGCUGUGGGAUCUGGAUGAGGACACACACUACAGCGUGCAGGUGCAGUCCGUCGGGCCGCACGGCGACAGUCAACCAAGCAGAGCCCUCCACUUCAGGACAUUGGAAAGAAGUGACCACUAUCCGGCUGGAGUAUUGGACCACCAUGAGCCGGCCAUGGAGGGUUUGGGUAUGACACCUCACCUGCAAACUGGAGAGCUGCUCAUCAUCACAACAGUGCUGCUGCUUUGGGCAGCCGUCAUCGCCCUGUUCUGCCGCCAGUACGAGAUCAUCAAGGACAACGACUCAAACGGGACCAGGGAGAAAACCAAGAGGCCGCUGGUCCAGGCUGCGUCCUCCUACUACAACGCCUCAGCUCCGAGCUCGCCGAUCUACCACAAUGGCGACAUCCACAGCGGAAGGCUUCACAGAGCUUCCUCCUCCAUCAGCAUCAUUCGAGUCUGAGAGAUCGUUUUCAGGGUCAGCAGGGUCUAUUUCAGAGUAAAACGUGGACAAAACAAGCAACACUUCUCGACUAAUAAUACCUGGCCAUCCCGGAGAGAAGAUAAGCUGCUGCCAUCUUGUGGCAAAAGACUUCAAUGGUUCGACCUGCGCUGAUCAAAAUGGACGCGGUAGAGGUUUUGCUUUUCCCGCUGGUUGACGUCACUGUCACUUCCUGUUUCCGGUUUUAUUUUCCCGCUCCUGCACAUUAACGGCUUCUGACUGCGCAGACGCGGAAGUAGGUUUGUUUCCACCAUUACUUCCAUACACAUCUUAUAAGUAGACGGAGCAUUGGCUGCUGUGACGCGAGAAAUUGGGCCGCCAUCUUGAAGUGGUGAUGAGGAGCCGGCGCGCAGCCUAAACUGACAGUUGACAGGUAGAAAACAAAGAUGGUGUUCCGCGUUUUCCGGCUCAAAUGAGCGGAUUGUUGAAAAUAGGAAUCGGGGGAUUACUUUUCACAAGUAAGAUUGAACAUUAACUUACUAUUUGGUUGUAUUUUGUGAAAAGAAUAUUACCACAGAGUUGAGAAGGAGCAAAGAUCUUCAAUAGUACUGAAAUCGUAGCCGCUAGCAAACAAGAGUAUGACCAUGAUAUAAUUACUUGUCAAUGAAAUUAAUUACAUUUAAAAAUGUCAUACUUGAAUAACAUUAAGUUGAAAUGAAUGAUUGUGACACCUAAAACAAAAUUCACCAGCCGCCACUGAUUAUGAUGUAUUCUCAUUUUAGGCAACGUAUAAGACAAUACUUUCUUAACAGUAUAAUUGUAACCAGUAGUGAUGGGUUGAUGAAGCGUCAUGAAGCGUUUCGACACAUUGCAAAACUGUAUUGAUACUGUGUCGAUACUGUGUCACUAAAUACUGACAUCUGCUGGACAUUAAAAAUCCCUACAGGCAACCUAUGGACCGACUCAACUGACACUGAUUUUAUGCUCUAGUACAGGGGUCACCAACCUUUUUGAAACCAAAAACUACUUCUUGGGUACUGAUUAAUGCGAAGGGCUACCAG